AUGAUAAUGUUCACAGGGUGUUCACACAAGCACAAUGUAACGUUCAAGACGGUCGUUGGUGAAAGCAAUUCUGUUCAUCCUGAUAUGAUAGCAUCUUGGUACAGAGCGCAGAAGAAGAGUUGGAUGGACAGCUCUCUUUUUGAAGAGUGGGUGCGAGAAAUCAAUGCAAUGUUUCUAAAAGAAGGUCGAAAGAUAGUCUUGAUCAUCGAUAAUUGUCCCGCUCACCCUGAUGUCGGUGGACUGUCCAACAUUAAAUUGAUUUUCUUACCUCCAAAUACAACUUCUGUGUCACAACCGAUGGACCAAGGUGUCAUAAGAUGUCUUAAGUCUCUUUAUCGCCAAAAAUUGGUCAACAUGAUGAUUCAAAACCUAGAAAAAGGCAAAGAUCUUCCAAAAGUUUCAAUUCUGCGUGCUCUUCAAAUACUUGUUUCGUCGUGGGACAAAGUGAAGAAAGAAACCAUCGUAAAUUGCUUCAAGAAAUCAAAGAUUUCCAAGAAAGCUCAACAGAAUGCAACUGAUGAUAUUGAUGAUCCAUUUAAACAACUGGAGAAAGAUCUCACACAACUGCGUGCCAUUGACGAUACCAUUAUUCCUGCUGAUCUCUCGGCCCGUGAUGUUGUCGAUAUUGACCAAGAUUUGACCACAAUCGAAAAUCCCGUGACUGAUGAAGAAAUCCUUGAGUCGGUACGGCCAAGUACAGAUGAGAAUGACGAAGAGCAUGAUGAAAAUGCCGAUGUCAUCGAGGUGUUUGAUGAGCCAGUGAGCAAGUCAACAAAAUCAGAAAUAAACACUGCAGUGGAGACUUUACAAAAUGCUUGUCUAUUCACUGAUGAUGGAAAUGACAUGCAACGCCUCCUGCUUCGCUUUGAAGAUUUGUUUCUUAAAAGUGAAAUGAAAAACAAGAAGCAAACUAGUAUUUUGAGCUUUUUCGAUCAAAAAUAA